CACUCAUAAAUUCAGGAAAAGGAAAUGGCUUUCACUCCCUCUAACCUCUCUCUCCUCUUCUCACACAAACCUCCUCCUUCCUCCGUCCCCCAUCCCUUCUUCUUCUCAUCCAUGACUUAAUUUCUCUCUCUUUCCCUCUCUCUAUCUCUCUAUCUCUCUAUCUGUCUCUGUGUGUGUGUGUAUCUCUGUCAAUCUCUGUCUAUAUCCAUGUAUGUCAUACAUAUGGAUGUUUUUCUAGGUGGGUGCAUGAGUUAAGUCUUGCUCGAAACUGGGUUGCUGGGGAAAGUAAAAGUUGGGUAGAUGGCGGUGGUGUUUGAGGGAUUUUCGAUCCGCGAGUAUGCCUCCAAGAUGAGGAGUGUUGAUAUAGGUAAAUGCUGGCCCUUUGCGAGUGACGUCACCCCCGAAGCCGUCGACACUCUUCUCCCUCCUAUUACCAUUACCAAAUUCCGCUGGUGGUCUCACGAGCUUCACCUUCUCAGAUCAAAUACCACCCAACACCCAUCCGUCUCCGACACGAAACCGCGGGAAAACGACGAGAAGAUGGUGGACAUGGUUUGUCAGGUUGACGCGCAUGGUGAUGAGAGGCGGCGGGUGAAGAUGGCCGCCAAGGCUAAGUGUCGAGCCCCCAAGAAGCGUUCCAUCGUCGAGAUUUUCGCUGUGGCGCCUCAGAUUCACAAUCUUGUAGUUGAUGACGACUUGGAAGAAGACAGCGGUGAGGAGGAGGAGGAGGAGGAGGAGGAGGAAACGCCAGAAGCUGGUGAUGGUAGUAUCGGCGUCUUGACGUUGAAGUCCAAUGUUGACAAGAAAAAGAAGAAGGCAAAGAAGAAUUUGAAGAUAAAAAAAGUGGUUGUCGACAAGCUGAUGAAGAAGAAGAAAAUGAAGAGGCAAAAGAGGCUCAAGAAGAAGACUAAUUGUAAGGAGAGACCAACUUUGAAGAAGGACAUCACGUGUCGCCUCAAAAAGCAGAAUCAAGUCAAUUUCUCCAAAAAAACAAAUGGUUCCGCACAUGCCAGACAGAUAGUAGAGGGCAUCUUUAGUGCUGUUGCUAACAAUCAAAAGACAGCUCUGCCAUGUUUAGCUACUCAAAAGAACAAAGAAGUUGAAUCUUCCAAAGUCUUGAAACCAGAAUUGCCAGUUCACAGCAUCCUAAAGAGUAAAAGAAAAGUUUCGUCUGGAGAGAAUGCUGCAACUUGCAAUAUGCAGACUGUUAGUAUGGUCAAAUCAUUCAGUAUUCAAAAAUCUGAUAAGCAUGUCAGGUUCUCUGAUCAGAAUGGCAUGCUUGGUACAAGGAAAAAGCCUAUUUCCUCUGAACAUGGUGUCUGCAAUUUACAUUCAGAUGCCUUGGCUCCAUUGUCAAGGAAGGAUCAAUUUACUCACAGUGAUAAAAAUUUAGUCACCAUUAUAGAAAGUGAAAGUGAUCAUGAUGACAACUAUAUCGGCCCAGAAAAUGAAAGUAAGGUCCAAACCAUGACUGGAAAAGAAAAGUUACCUGAUGCUGGUGAUCAUUUUGAGAUACCAUAUUUUGUGAGGACGCAUUUCAGUUGUCAAGAGCAAAGAGGACAUAUAUUGAACAAGUCUGUUCCCCCAUCUCAAGUUGUGAUGUGCAAUUAUAAUUUGGACAUGGCUGAUCAUAGCAAUGGAGCUGCUUCAUGUAAUGAUUCAUAUGCUGUUAAUCCUAGACAUCUUUCUACCACAAAAGGAGUACGUAGUCCCCCUGUAAAUUCUCAGAUUUUUGGACAUGUUUCCCAAAGUUCCAGUUCCAGUGGGAAGUCGAUUGACUGUUUUGAUGACGGUACCCAUAGGGUUCCUGCAAUCAGUUCAAAGGAAAAUACAUGGCCGUUUCGACAACUUACAUCAUCUGGUUUUGCCUGCAGCGGAAUUCCAAACAGGGAUCCGCACUUAUCAAAGUCUGCUACAGAAAAUAUUAGUACCACUCAAAUGCAGCAUGAACCAUUUUGUUGUCAGUCAUCAAUGGAACUGAUGGGUAGCUUAUUUCCCUUUCCAGAAUGGAAGGAAAGAGCAGUUACUUUCAGAGAAAAGAACAUGGAGGAGGGCUUUCUGGGUUUGCCUCUCAAUUCACAAGGUGAACUAGUCCAGACAAAUUCAUUUCUUGUUAGAGGAUUUAACCAGUUAGAGUAUUCCGGCUUAACAACAGGAUCUUCCAGUAGCUUAACUGGGUGUGGCUCUCUCCUUCCUAGUAGUGUGGAAGAUUUUUCUAAUUCAAAAGGGAAGCAUUUUGUUGAAAGAGCAGUUCCAGAAGAUCAGUUGAAUCUGUUUCCUGUGCAUACUUGUAGGAAAGAGAAACCCACUGUAUAUUUGCCAGCGAGACUAGGAGUUAAUGAGGGACUUACUGAAAAAGCUGGUGCCAACUUGUUGAAUUAUGAGACGAGAAACAAUAACUUUUCCUGCUCAUUGGAUCCAAAACCCAGACAGAUGAACAACUCGUUCAAUGCAGUCAGACAGCAUGAUCAGGUCCAACAUCAAAAUGGAAAUGGAAUUAUUCAAUCAAGAGAAAACUCAGAUUAUAUGUUCCUAAAUAACAGCCAGCCAACAAUGCGGUUAAUGGGUAAAGAUGUUGCUGUUGGUAGAUGUAACGCAGAGACCAAACAAUGUGAUGGCAGAAAGGUUAUAACUGAUAAUGAAAUCUUAGCAGGGCAUCAGCCUAUUAAUUCAGCAACUGACAAUUCCUCAUUGAAGGUGCAUUUCCUGCAGGACUGGUUCCUGCACCCAGUACUUGAAAAAUCAAAAGAGAAUCCAACUCAUGAAGCUGUACAAAGCAAUACUUUCAUUGAAGCUGCAGAAGCAAAAAUUCCCAAGUUUCUUUCAUCGCAUCCCAAGUGGCAGACCCUUGCAGUAUUUCAAAAUGGCAGCCCAAUUGAUAGUGUCAAUCCUGGUUCUAGGUUUCAUCUUGUUGGUCCUUCCUUCACUUCCCCAGCAAUAUUAAAGAGGGUCCUGGAGCCUGUUGCAUAUGGAGCUGAAACUCUAAGAAACAGCUCUCAACAACCCAUGCUGUCUGCUACUCAGAAUGUUCGUCAUCAUAUGAAUUAUUCUCCAGCUGAACUAAAAUACAAGCAGAACCGCUCUCAUGUGACGAAAUCACCUUUUAGUUUUCCCUUUUUGCACCCAGAUUCUAGUGAACAUGUGCAACCUUUGUUGUUACAAAGCUCCUCCAACAGCUUGAUCCCAUGGUUGCUACAUGCAACACAGCAAGUAAAAACAAAUACUAGCCCCCAACCAUUUCUUGAAGCAGUUGGUAAAGACCAUCCCCAAACAACUAGAGUUAAUUUCCUUACUACGCCAUCCACACAUCAUUCACCUGUUAUUUCUUAUCCUCCCAAUUCCACAACCUCUCCCUCAUAUAUGGAAGGUCCACUUGGUCCAGCAUCUACGAAUCACUCCCCACAUCUUUCUGCCCCUGUCGGCAUCAAACCAAAUUGUUCUGCAAGUUGGAGCAACAGAAACAGAAAGAAGGUAAGAAACAGAAUGAAGUCAAAAGGCUUUGGGGUCAAAUGUAUGGAUCGUUACCACAAAGCCAGUAAGCGACCUGCAACUACAGAAGAUAAUUCAAGCAAACCUACCAAGAUACCUCAUCUAGGAUUGGAAGACGACUUGGGUUCUGCAACAGGAUUGGGAAUACAAAUCCAUAGUAGCAAUAUGCAGUAUGAUGCUAGAAAAAUAGAGUCAGGCAGCAAUAAAAGAAGCAGUGAACAAUCUAUCCAAACUCAGUUCCAGAACAAUGAACUUAGUACAUCACGGGAAGUGGAGCUUUCUAAAGUGGAUGGCAUAAGAUAUGGCCCCAUUAAACUAAGUGCUGGUGCCAAGCACAUCCUGAAGCCUAGUCUGAAUACAGAUCAGGAUAACUCAAGGCUCGUUCAUUCAACUAUCCCUUGUAUUUCGAUGAUGGAUUGUGGUGGCUUUAUGGAAACUCAGAAGAAACCAACAAAGAUUUAUAGGCUUUAAGGGCCUGCUCAUAUGAGACUGCCCUUUUGUAGCUGGGUUCAGAGAGAAAUGGAGAGGAGGGGUGGAUGGGGGAGACUCAGUAUUAUAAGAAAUACAAGGGUCUGCGCAACCUUUACUCCUAGCUAGGACAUCUGGAAGCAUGUGAUCUCAGUUCAUGAUCUAGCUUCAAAGAGUGCCUGCUAAAAUUAUAUAGGUAUGCUUUUGAUCUGUGUGUAUUAGUUCAGACUGUAGAUGUGACAUUCUGCAGCACAUAUGCAAUCAUGAAAUUAGUAAUGCUUGUCUUACUAUGUUACUGGUAACAUCUACUUUCAUUUUUUCUUUAAACUUGUACGUGUUCAUUUGAAGUUUGUUCCUUCGAAGAUAAAUUGUUGAUGAGAUGGUUGUUUUCAGUACUAAUGGUGAUUUAGGUAUUAAGUAAUUGAAAUAAUGUAGGGAAUUUUUUGUAUAUAAGUAUUUGGUAGGAUUAAAUAUGGAACAUGUCACCCAUUCUCAAUUCAUAUUCGAAGAGCAUCCUGUUUCA